AUGACAGGAAGUUUAGAGUUGUCAUUUUCUGCAAGGCUUGCAUUGUUUUUCUUCAAGCAGCUUGGGCAUAGGAUGUACAGCCCAUACCUCACUUUACCAAUUACUAGAGGCCUCUUCAUUGAAGGGGCCUGCAAUACACAACAAAGUUUGAAAAAGGCAACAAGAUGGGUCAAUACCGCAGAUCUAGCAAAUGUUUCAACUUCACUUGUCCAAAACAUAUUCAUAUUAGCCGGACAAAGUAACAUGUCCGGCCGAGGUGGUGUCACUAACCAUGGCCAAAAUGGCAUAGUUAAUGAAACAUGGGAUGGUACAAUUCCACCAGAAUGUCAAUCCAACCCAAAUAUCCUCAGACUUAGUGCAGGAUUUACAUGGGUUGAAGCUCAAGAACCACUUCACCAAGACAUAGAUUUGGGUAAAGUUUGUGGGGUUGGGCCAGGAAUGUCAUUUGCAAAUUCAGUUCUUGAGAAAGAUCCAAGCUUUGGAGUGAUUAGUUUGGUGCCUUGUGCUAUUGGGGGUACAAAUAUAAGUGAAUGGGUUCGUGGGGGUGUUUUGUAUAAUCAGAUGAUAAGAAGGACAGAGGCUGCGUUGCAAGGAGGUGGGAAGCUCCAAGCUUUGCUAUGGUACCAAGGUGAGAGUGAUACCCAGACUCUUGAGGAUGCCAAAUUGUACAAAUUUAGAUUGAAGAGAUUAUUCAAGAAUGUGCGCCGUGAUCUACAGUCACCUACUUUGCCUGUGAUUCAGGUAGCACUGGCAUCAUCUCUAGGGCCUUAUAAGGAGCAGGUUAGAAAAGCUCAAUUGGGCAUUAAUCUUCCAAAUGUAAGAACCGUUGAUGCCAAAGGGCUCCCAGUGGGGAUGGAUUACGUGCACAUUAUCACACUAGCACAAGUUCAUCUUGGGCAGAUGCUGGCUGAUGCCUUCCUUCAGACUCAGACUACUCAAGCCGUGCUUCUGCCUAUUCAGACAGAGACUACUCAGACUAGUAAUGCCCCCAAACGAUGCUCCAAUUUUGUUUUGGAUGUUCUACUUGGUCCAUUUAGAUGA